AUGCGUGUAUUGCUCCUUAUAGCCCUGUGUGCUGGACUGUGCUGGUCCAGCUCGGACAGCAACCAAGUGAGAAUAGAGACUCUAAUGGAUAAUGUUCUGGUCCUGAGGGUGCCCAAGAGAGAGGGCAGCAGUGUGUAUGUUCCUCUGACCUGUGGAGAAGCUUAUCAAAACCAGCCUGUGUUUUGGAAGAAAGAUGGCAUGGAGCUUGAGCCAGCUCUGCAGGGGAACCAGGUCACUGUCCUGGUGGAGGAGAUGGAUGGAGGGAACUACACAUGUCACCUCGGCCCAGACGGAGAAUAUCUCAACCACACUGUGAUCCUGAUCCAACUAGACCAAAACAAUGGGAGUGUCAUGCUGGAAGAAAUAUCCCCUAGAGAAGGUCACAUCCACUGUUCAGCACUUAACUAUAACGGCUCCUUCCACUGCACCUGGACAAGAACAAGCUCCAGAUCCGACGCAACUGUGCUCCUGGUGAAGGCAGAGCGUAAUUUGGAAAGGAUUCCCUGUGAGCUGAGUGCUAAUGGAUCAGCGAUUCACUGCCAGGAUUCCAGCUGUCCCUACAAAGAAGAACAACACAGAAUCUCCCUCACCAUCUACAUGCGUAGCUACUGUCGUCUAGAGGCCUACACAAAGACUUUCCACCUGAGAGAUAUUGUGAGGCCGGCAAAACUCCCUAACCUGCACAAAAUUGACGGGACUGUGUUCAGCUGGAACUACCCUGACUCCUGGGAGAAGCCCGAAACGUACUUCAGCCUGGAGUUCGAGGUCAAGGUGGUCCCUAAUGGACAAUCCUGUCACAGUGACGAUUUCUUACUGGAACAAAAAAACAUUAUUGAAACUAAGUUUGAGGUCAAUGUGAAAACCAAGAGAUAUGUUUUCUGUGUGCGAGCUCGGGACAAACACACCAUGGGGCUGUAUAGUCACUGGAGCCACUGCACGUAA